AUGCACCCUGAGGUCCUAGGAGCUGCUCUGUGUGAAGAACAGAUUGCAAAGUACAUAUGUACAGUAAAACCUCUCCUAUUAAGGUUUACCACCAUGCCUUAUCGGGCACCUGAGAUGGUGUCACUUUAUUCUGGUAACACCAUCACUACCAAGGCUGAUAUUUGGGCUUUGGGGUGCCUCCUCUACAAGCUGUGUUUCUUCACUACUCCAUUUGGAGAGCAGCCAUUGGCCAUUGUUUCUGGAACCUUCAUCAUCGCCGACAAUUCCAAGUACUCUGAAUCUGUUCAUUCUCUCAUACGUUACAUGCUAGAACCUGAUGCUGCCAAACGACCAAGUAUCUGGCAAGUUGCGGAAGUGGCCUUUGGAAUCCGUGGACUUAAGAACCCUAUUGGAAAUGUGUUUCACUCCCAGCCUCCCCCCGCCACCCUCCCUUCUGCACCACGCUCUCAGACAGAUAAGACAAAACCAACCACUCGCUCACAGACCAAGGCACCACCACUUCCUAAACAAAAGGCUACCAGUAGUCCUCAGACCGCUCCCACAACGGAUUCAAAAGCUGUGUGA